GGGAAGAGGCGGAGUCUGCAGCUUGACAACACGGAAGAGAAGAUGACCGCGGGUCCGUGACCGAGCUCCGGAGACUCAUGGGCUCCACAGCAGCUGCUCCGCGCGCUGAAAGAUGCUCAUCACGCUGUGCUACAUCUACCUGUGGCUGCGCUUCCAGAGACACUACACGGCCGUGAUCCGCAGCGCGUUACACCGCCUCAGCGCCGGACACCGCAGCUUCACCUUCAGCGCGCUGCAGCCCGAGAGACUCGAUCUGCCCCGCGAGCACGCGCUCUUCCUCAGGCUCGGAGACAGAGUCAUCUACAUCACCGAGCCGCAGUCGUGUGUUGACCUCAGUAAGUGGACACUGUUGGGCUCUUCACUAAUUUCUGGUCAGCGGCUAGAAAGCAUCGCCUUCAUCAUACAGGCCACAUCAAGACCAGCUCCAGCGUCUCCAUACAGGACCACUGAGAGAGUGAGUCAAGAUCUACACACACACACCACUGAGAGAGUGCUGAACUGGUCAGAUUACUGUCUGCCGUUAGCCUACAGUCCAGGACAGCCGUACCGGGCCAUCGCUGAAGCCAGCCUGGAGAACUUCAGCCGCCUCGGUGUGGCUUUUAUGGAAGAUCGUCUGCACAUGGGCAACGGCCUCCGACCUGAAAAGAUCGUUUCCGUGUUACUCCGAGAGACGGCGCUCCGAGAGCUGUUCGAGCAGCAGCAGCAGGAUCAGGAUCAGGAGCAUCAUCAGGAGGAGCCGGAGCUCCCGUCCCGACACCAGCACAUGGACGGACACCACCUGCACCUCUCCAGCUGCCACGAGUGUCAGGAGCUGGAGAACAGCACCAUCCUGUCUGUGAAGUACGCCUCCGUGGAGAACAUCCCGGAUCUGCCGGAUGACUGCGCCGCUGCGGACGAGGAGGAGGAGGAAGAGGAGGAGAGCAGGAGGAGGAACAGCAGCGGGAAGCCACCCAACGUGCUGGUGUUCACGGGCGGCUGCGAGGAGCAGUUCCUGAAGAUCCGCUCGCUCCUGGUGGAGUGUGUGGACACGGACUGCUACGCCAUCUACCACCUGCGUCCACAGCAGGCCCUGAGCGAGCCCUGGCUGGACAACACCCUGCUGCUGGUGCUGGCCACUGACCAGACGCUCACCCCACAGCUGCAGCUGCGCUUCCUGUCCUAUCUGAGCCAGGGCGGGAAGCUCCUGGGCCUGUCGUCCUCGCUGUGUCCCGCCGGACUCACGCUGCGGCCCGGAGACACACAGAAGGACCACCUCUGCAGCCUGACCUUCACCAAGUCCGACAGCACGGAGCUGCAGAUGAGUGUGUUGUCCAGCGGGAGCGUGUUCGUACGGGACGGAGCCGGAGGAGGAGACGUGGAGCUCUGGGGCGAGAUCAGUGGCCGGGACGAGAGGGAGAUGGCCAUCGUGCGUGUGACCCACGGAGCGGACAGCGGGGAGGCCGUCCUGUGUCAGGUGCGUUUGGAAACAGCUCCGGAUGCCCAUGAUGCCCAAGGCUUCUCCGAGCUGAAGAUGAGCAACGGCCGGCGCUACGAGGUUCUGACGGAGAUCCUGACGUCUCUAGGUCUGAGCUGUGAGCUGAGUCAGGUGCCGUCACACAGCCCCAUCUACCUGCUCAGCACAGACACGGAGCAGACGGGCCUCUUCCUGAGCUGGCUGCGGGCGCAGGCGGGUGAUUCGGGUGUUCUGCGGAGCGUGGAGGGGGAUCUGAAGGUGGUGUGGGCCGGAGACGAGUCGGUGGAUGUGUGUGAGGGUGAGCGUGUGUUACACACCGAGCCGCCCGAGAGCUUCUCUCAGCUCUUCAGCCUGCAGACGUACACACAUCACCUGCAGACGCAGCGGCUGGGCCGGACCGUCCUGUACGCAGACAUCACCUCCAGCACCAUGGACCUGCUGCAGGGGCGGAUGUUGCAGUCGCCACAGGAAGUGGGGUUAAUCGCCAUAGCAGCACGUCAGACACAGGGCAAAGGCCGCGGGGGGAACGCCUGGUUGAGUCCGCCGGGGUGCGCCAUGUUCACGCUCCACCUGCAGCUUCCUGUGAACUCACGCCUCGGACAGAGGAUCCCCUUCCUGCAGCACCUCGCCGCCCUCGCCGUGGUGCAGUCUGUGCGCACGCUGCCCGGAUACGAGGUGCACACACACCUGUGAUUG